AUGCUACGAAAAAUAGUUAAGGAUGUAAAUGCUUCAAAAUGUUUCUCAGUUUUAGUUGAUGAGACUACUGAUAUUUCUACUAUUGAACAAAUGGCUAUGUGUGUUCGAUAUGUUGAUAGUAACGAUUGCAUCCAUGAAAGAUUCCUGAAAUUCAUUACUAUUAACAGUUUAACUGGUUGUGAUUUAGCUGAAUCAAUACUCAACGGUCUGAAUAGUUGUGAAAUUAAUUUAGAUUACUUAUAUGGUCAAGGAUAUGAUGGCGCAAGCAAUAUGUCUGGCCAAUUUAAAGGUGUUCAGGUAAUUAUCAAAAAUAAAUAUCCUAAAGCUAUAUAUGUGCACUGUGCUGCACACUCUCUAAAUUUAGCAGGAUCAACUGCAAGUGGAAUUCAACCAAUUAGAAACUGUUUAGGUAUUAUUAAAAAGUACUAUGUUUUCUUUAAUACAACGAAACGUCAAAAUGUUCUUUUAACCAACAUUGAAAAUAGUGAUAAGGAUCCUAAGGUUAAAACUUUAAAAAGGUUAUGUGCUACACGAUGGGUGCAGCGUUAUGAUGCGGUAACAGAUUUCAUUGAACUAUUUGAAUUUGCAGUUGAAUCAUUAGAAAAUAUUUCUAAUUGGAAUGAUUCCACUGCAACAGAACCUAAUAUACUAUUAAAAGCUAUUGAUUCAGAAUUUCUUAUAUCCUUACAAGUUAUAAAAUUGGUUUUUUCUUUUGGAUUACCAUUGUGUAAGUUGCUACAAAAAGAACAAAUGGAUUUGAGAGAAGCAAUAAGCCUUGCUAAAGAUAUUAUAAAUGUGUUAAAAAAUAUUAGAUUAAAUUGUGAUACUGAAUUUCACAAAUUAUUUUUACUUGCAAACGAGAUGUCAGUAAUUAUAGAUAUAGACCUGAGUACUAAAAAAAUAUCUAAACGACAAGUAAAUCGAGCAAAUCCAGAUUCCAAUUUAAGUGUUGAAGAAUACCACAAAGUGACAGUAUUUAUAUCUUACCUGGACUUUUUAUACAACAACUAG